AUGCUUGAAUGUUCCAAGUUGAACUUUAAACAGAAGGAUUUCUUUCAGCUGAAAGAAGUCGAAAGACUUUGCCACAAAGAAAAAGGAAUCAACGCCAUGUCUGUGAAAGAUGUUCUCAUGAGUCUUGUUCAUGACGGAAUGGUAGAUACGGAAAAAAUUGGAACUUGCGUCUACUUCUGGGCAUUUCCAAACAAAGCGACACAGAAGCAUAAAGGUACUAUCCAGAAACUAAAAGAGAAUCUUGCUUUCACUAAGGCACAAAGUGUAAAAUUGAAGGCAGCUCUUAAUGAGGCUAGUUCAGUGCGAGAAGACACGGACGAGCGCCGUAAGGUGUUGGAUGAGCUGGAAGUUAAGCGGGCUUUACUCAGUCAACUUAACGCCGAACUAAAAAGUUUGCGGAGAUUGGAUCCUAGCCGUUUGAAAUCACUCGAAACAGAGCAGCAGGUAGCUUUGGAUGCUGCCAAUCGAUGGACAGAUAAUGUGUUCGUCAUCCAAUCGUGGCUUACCAAGAAAUUUCCCAUAGAUGAAUCCACCUUUCGAAAACAGUUCAAUAUCCCGGAGAAUUUGGACUACGUCGAGUAG